GUGGACAGAUAUCGUCAGAUAUUGGAAAAAGCCAUUCAGCUGUCGGGUGUAGAACAACUUGAAGCUUUGAAAGCUUUUGUAGAAGCAAUGGUGAAUGAGAAUGUCAGCCUAGUGAUCUCGCGUCAGCUACUGACGGAUUUCUGUACCCAUCUUCCAAGUCUUCCUGACAGCACAGCCAAAGAAAUAUACCACUUCACCCUGGAAAAGAUACAGCCUAGAGUUAUUUCAUUUGAAGAGCAGGUCGCUUCAAUAAGACAACAUCUUGCAUCAAUCUAUGAGAAGGAAGAAGACUGGAGAAAUGCAGCACAAGUAUUGGUGGGGAUCCCCUUGGAAACGGGGCAAAAACAGUACAAUGUCGAUUACAAGCUGGAGACCUACUUGAAAAUUGCCAGGCUCUAUCUGGAGGAUGAUGACCCAGUUCAAGCAGAAGCUUAUAUUAAUCGAGCUUCUUUGCUUCAGAAUGAAUCAACUAAUGAACAGCUGCAAAUCCAUUAUAAGGUUUGCUAUGCUCGAGUUCUUGAUUACAGAAGAAAGUUUAUUGAGGCUGCCCAAAGAUACAACGAGCUCUCCUAUAAGAGCAUUGUCCAUGAAACCGAGCGACUGGAGGCGCUGAAGCAUGCUUUGCAUUGUACUAUUUUGGCAUCAGCAGGACAACAGCGUUCUCGUAUGCUUGCUACGCUCUUCAAGGAUGAGAGAUGCCAGCAGCUUGCAGCCUAUGGAAUCUUGGAGAAAAUGUAUCUCGACAGAAUUAUCCGUGGAAAUCAACUACAGGAGUUUGCAGCUAUGCUGAUGCCUCACCAGAAAGCAACUACAGCUGAUGGUUCCAGUAUCCUGGACAGAGCUGUUAUUGAGCACAACUUACUAUCUGCAAGCAAACUUUACAACAACAUUACUUUUGAAGAGCUUGGAGCAUUACUAGAGAUCCCUGCAGCUAAGGCAGAAAAAAUAGCUUCUCAGAUGAUAACGGAGGGUCGCAUGAAUGGAUUCAUUGAUCAGAUUGACGGGAUUGUUCAUUUUGAGACUCGCGAAGCUUUGCCAACCUGGGACAAGCAGAUUCAGUCACUGUGUUUCCAGGUUAACAACCUGCUGGAGAAGAUAAGUCAGACAGCUCCAGAAUGGACAGCGCAGGCAAUGGAGGCCCAGAUGGCUCAGUGACUGUGCAGCCAUUGUCUGAAUGGAAGCAAUCAACCGCCUGCUCUGCUGGAAGAAGGGAACUGAGUAAGACCAUGAACCAAAUUGAGUAGCCCAUCUUCAUUUUCCCACCUUCUGCUUUCACUCUGUAGGACACAAUUAGGCG